AUGAGCCAGAGAGACACCUUGGUGCAUCUGUUUGCUGGAGGGUAGGUACCUCAUGACAGCCACUUACCUGCCAUGGCCUUUUACUCCAUGGUACACCUGACAUACAGCCUGCAUAGACUGUGUGCUUACACAUAGAUCUUACAUUACAUGUAUUGCUUUCAUAAUAAUACAGAUAUAUAAUAAUAAUAAUCAGCAGCUUUGUCUUAACAUAUUUUAAUAUUCUUUUCCUUUUUUUUAAUUUUUUUAUUUCUUUUUAAAUUUGAUUUAGAUAAUGCAUUUUUUAUUCAAAUUGCACAAUAUUAAUGUAGAACACAUGAUCAGGUCUGGAAUGAAAGUAUAACAAGUACAUACUGCUAUACGGUUACAAUAGCAUUCUUCUCCAAAGACUUGGCAUCACUUGUUGUUGUUUGUGGUUGUUUUUUUUUUAAAUGUUCUCUCUAUUUCAGAACUGUACAACAUUAUCCAUAUAUACCUACAGAAACCAUCGCAGUAUAAGCAGUGUUUUUCAUUAACAAUAACAAAAUAA